CGGCCAUCUGCCCACCCACACACACACAAUUUCCAUCCCGCCGAAACCACAAAAUUUUGAGACCCCAGCGAGCGCGUCCUCUGCGAUCGUUCGUCAUCUACCGAGUGCAAGCUACGCCGCAGCCCAAAGACGACUAGACGCUGUACAACUCGGGUUCCCUCAUCAUCGCGAUCAUGGCCGACUCUAUAAAGGAUGCACCGUUGAAGACGGUCCAGGUGGAAGCUUUGGUUGUCAUGAAGAUUGUCAAGCACUGCUCUGCCAGUUUUCCUACAACAGCUACUGGAUCCAUCGUCGGUAUGGACCAAGACGGGGCUCUCGAGAUUACGAAUUCGUUCCCUUUCCCCACCGCCGAUGUUGCCAGCGUUGAAGGCAGCCACCAGAACGACGCCUCUGCGCUAGCUGCCGCUGCGCCUCGGGCCAAGGCGAACAUCACCUACCAGAAUGAGAUGAUUCGACACCUCAAGGAAGUCAACGUGGAUGCCAACAGUGUCGGCUGGUACACAAGCGCUACAAUGGGCAACUUUGUCAAUCUAGGCUUCAUCGAGAACCAGUACCACUACCAGCGCGAAAACGAUAAGACAGUAGCUCUAGUUCAUGAUGUGAGCCGCAGUUCGCAGGGCGCUCUAAACCUACGCGCUUUCAGGUUAACUCCUACCUUUAUGACUGCCUACAAAGAGGGCAAGUUCACCACGGAAAGUCUGCAAAAGUCAAAGCUAUCGUUCAGAGAUAUCUUGACUGAACUUCCAGUCAACCUACACAACUCACACCUUCUCACCUCUUUCCUCCACCAAAUACCAUCCAAACCAACCGCCGCCGACGUGGCUAUGCCUACGUCGCUUGCCGAUCUGCAAAGUAACCCUAUGCAAAUGCCCCUUCACCCUUCAGCCGAUAAUCUCGACCUCUCAAUAGAUCCGUUCUUAGAGAAGACAUGUGAUUUGUUACUUGACAGCAUAGAGUCACACUACACCGAACUCAACAACUAUCAAUACUAUCAGAGACAAUUAGCGCGAGAGCAGACCAAGAUCACAGCAUGGCAAACAAAACGUAAAGCGGAGAAUGCGGCACGAGUUGCCGCCAAGCAACAACCCCUUCCCGAAGACGAAUGGCAGCGCAUCUUUAAACUGCCGCAAGAGCCCAGUCGCCUCGAGGGUAUGCUGAACGCUAAACAGGUUGAGCAGUACAGCAAACAAGUGGAUGGAUUUACUGCAUGUGUCAGCGCCAAGAUGUUUGCUGUCAGGGGAAAUCUCCUUCCGGAAUAAUGAGGACGUGGAUUAGAAAAGCGGGAUGAUGUUUCCCGUAGGCAUGCAUCUGGCACGGCGUUU